CACUGGUCUCACACUCCACACGUCAAAGCUAAGCUAAACCCGGGAGUAAAAAAACAUCCUCCCUUCUCCAGUCUCCCCAAAAAUUGCGUUGAAAUCCCCCCAAAACCCCUCCUCGCUCGGCUCGAAUCCCGACACGCAAGGAUUCAUCCUCCGCUCCAGCCAAGUGGAUGCGCUGCCGCCGGAGCCGGACCCGGCGUUGAUCCCCCAUGGCGGCACCGGAGGCGCGCCGCUUCGCGGUCGUGCCGCAGCUAGAUAUUGAGCAGAUACUGAAGGAGGCACAACAAAGAUGGCUGCGCCCUACUGAAAUUUGUGAAAUACUUAAAAACUACAGAAAUUUUCGUAUCGCCCCAGAACCACCAAAUAUGCCUCCAAGUGGCUCACUUUUUCUGUUUGAUCGGAAAGUAUUGAGAUACUUCAGGAAGGAUGCUCAUAAUUGGAGGAAGAAAAAAGAUGGAAAGACUGUCAAAGAAGCGCAUGAAAGAUUGAAAUCUGGAAGUAUUGAUGUGCUCCACUGCUAUUAUGCGCAUGGGGAAGACAAUGGGAAUUUCCAAAGGAGAACUUACUGGAUGUUGGAAGAGGAUUUCAUGCACAUUGUCCUCGUACAUUAUCUUGAGACCAAGGGUGGUAAGUCAUCUCGAGCUAGGGGGGAUAAUGACAUGCUUCAAGCAGCUGGUGUGGAUAGUCCAUUAAGUCAGUUACCUUCUCAAACUAUUGAGGGUGAAAGCUCACUCAGUGGACAUGCCUCUGAAUAUGAAGAAGCAGAAUCAGCAGAUAUUUAUUCAGGAGGAGCCGGAUACAACUCUUUCACUCAGAUGCAGCAGCAUCAAAAUGGAGUUGGACCAGUGAUUCAUCCUCCUAUUUUCAGCUCUUAUGGUCCUUCUUCAUCUAUAGGUACUUAUCCAGUACUGCAGCAUGCUAUGGUGAACAAUACAAAUAUGUAUUCUGGCAGUCAAGAUAGUUCCUCUGUUCUUCUGAGUGAUUCAAGAGCUGGAUUUAUACAGAAUAGCCAUGAAAGUCACAAUGAUCUUUCAUCAUGGAAUGAGGUUAUGAAAUCGAAUAGAGGAUUUAUGCCACAUCUGCAACCUCCUGUUCCUCCUGAGGUUGGCACUUCUGCAGAAGGCCCAGCAGUAGAGUAUUUGACAUUUGAUGAAGUAUAUUCGGAUGGACUUAGUCUCAAUGAUAUUAGUGCUGCACGUGCUGACGGAGAAUCAUUCUGGCAGUUCUCCAGUGCUACUGGCGAUUCUGCAAUGGAGAACAGUUUUGCACAAAAUAAUGGAUAUGGGGAGGCAGCCAUCAGCCACCCUUUUUUGAAGACUAAAUCAUCCAAUUUAUCUGAUAUCCUAAAAGAUAGCUUUAAGAAAUCUGACAGUUUUACAAGAUGGAUGAGCAACGAGCUUCCUGAUGUGGAGGAUUCCCAAAUUCAGUCUAGCUCUGGGGCGUACUGGAACUCUGAAGAGGCAGAUAGUAUCAUCGAAGCAUCAAGCCGUGAGCCACAGGAUCAGUUUACUGUGGCACCAAUGCUUUCACAAGACCAGCUCUUUAGUAUAGUUGAUUUUUCACCAAGCUGGACAUAUGCAGUCUCAAAGACUAAGGUUUUAGUUAGUGGGAGAUUAUUAAAUGCCAACGAAGUGACUGAAAGAUGCAAGUGGUCAUGUAUGUUUGGAGAAGUUGAAGUUCCAGCAGAGAUUUCAUCAGAUGGGACUCUACGUUGUUAUUCUCCUCCACACAAACCUGGUAGAGUCCCUUUCUAUAUCACCUGUUCCAACAGGUUGGCCUGCAGUGAAGUACGUGAGUUUGAAUUUCGACCAAGUGACUCUCAGUACAUGGAUGCUCCUAGUCCACAUGGUGCAACAAACAAAAUUUAUUUCCAGAUACGCCUUGAUAAACUAUUGUCCCUCAGGCAAGACACAUACCAAGCAACUGUAUCUAACCCCAGUCUGGAGAUGAUUGAUUUGAGUAAGAAGAUAAGUUUGCUGAUGAAAAACAAUGAUGAUUGGUCGGAGUUACUAAAGCUUGCUGAUGAUAAUGAGCUGCUUACAAUUGAUCAGCAGGAUCAGUUUGCUGAAAACUUGAUCAAGGAAAAACUGCAUGUCUGGCUUCUUCAUAAAGCAGGUGAUGGUGGAAAGGGACCAAGCGUAGUAGAUGAUGAGGGACAGGGCGUACUUCACCUAGCAGCUGCCCUUGGGUACGACUGGGCUAUUAGACCAACUGUUACUUCCGGUGUGAACAUCAAUUUCAGAGAUGUCCAUGGAUGGACUGCACUCCAUUGGGCUGCAUUCUGCGGCAGAGAGCGGACUGUUGUCGCACUUAUUGCGCUGGGAGCAGCUCCUGGAGCUUUGACAGACCCAACUCCCGAUUUCCCUGGAAGCACACCAGCAGAUCUGGCAUCUGCUAAUGGACACAGGGGAAUUUCUGGUUUCCUGGCAGAGUCUUCUCUGACUAGCCAUCUUCAGGCCCUCAACCUGAAGGAAGCCAAUAUGGCUGAAAUAUCUGGCCUACCUGGCAUUGGAGAUGUUACUGACAGAAGUUCUUCUCAGCCUGCAAUUGGAGAUUCCUUAAGUGCUGUUCGUAAUGCUGCUCAAGCUGCUGCUCGGAUAUAUCAAUUUAAUAGAAUACAAUCCUUCCAAAGAAAGCAAGCUGUUCAAUACGAGGAUGACAAAAGUGGAAUAUCAGAUGAGCGUGCACUUCCGCUCAUGUCUGUCAAGUCAUCCAGACCAGGGAAGCUUGAUCCCCUGCAUGCUGCUGCAUCUCGUAUACAAAAUAAGUACAGGGGAUGGAAGGGGAGAAAGGAGUUUCUUCUUAUUAGGCAGCGGAUUGUAAAGAUCCAGGCUCAUGUGCGUGGCCACCAAGUGAGGAAGCAUUAUCGGAAGAUAAUUUGGUCUGUUGGGAUAGUGGAGAAAGUUAUAUUACGCUGGAGGCGCAGAGGGGCUGGGUUGCGUGGGUUUCGGUCUUCCGAAGGUGCCAUGGAGAGCAGCAGUGGUGGAACAAGUACCAAUUUGGUCACGCAUAAACCUGCUGGGGAUGACUAUGAUUUCUUGCAAGAAGGACGAAAGCAAACUGACGACAGACUGCAGAAAGCUCUUGCCAGAGUCAAGUCCAUGGCUCAGUACCCAGAAGCAAGAGAUCAGUAUCAGAGGAUUUUGACUGUUGUAUCAAAAAUGCAAGAGUCCCAGGCCACUCAAGAAAAGAUGCUCGAGGACGCAGCAGAGAUGGACGAAGGCUCUUUCAUGAGUGAAUUCAAGGAGCUGUGGGAUGAUGGUACACCUGCCCCUGGCUAUUUCUAGUGUACGAAUUGGUGGAUGCCUUUGUAAAUCACAUUUUUUUUUUACUUUUUGUCCCAGAGUGCUGAUGAUUGAUACAUACUGACAACCCAAGUACUGAUAUCUUGGAUUUGAAUUCUGUUUUGUUAUUUGUUGCUAUUUAUGUACAGUGAUACCUUAUUAACAGUAUGGAACUCAUGUACAAAGUUCAACAUAGGCAGUCAUGGAUUCUAGGCUGCAUGAGGAGUUUGAGUAGGUUUUCAGUCAACGUUAGGAGUUUGCGUCUGUUUUC